AUGCCUUCUGAGCCUUAUAAGUUGAUUUUGCAAUAUGCUAUGGACUGGUUUACAGCUUGUAAGCCUAUGCUUAGCUCCCUUAAGAAGUGUGUCGUACAGGUGCAUUGUCAUGCCCCUCUUCCUGGUUUUGUUAAGCUCAACACUAAUAGGAGUGGGAAAUCUGAUUCUGGUGCUAUUGGAACAGGUGGCUUGAUUAGAAAUUCUACAGGGGAUUGUAUUACGGGCUUUGCUAUUAAUCAGGGUGUUGGUUCUACCCUUGAGGCUGAGUUUUGGGGUAUUUUUUGGGGGCUUCAUUUGGCUUGGGAUAGUGGUUGCAGACAUGUUGAGGUGGAAUGUGAUUCUAACUCUGUGGUGUCUCUUCUUACUGGUUCCAUUGCCUCCACUCAUCCACUUUUUAGCUUGAUAGAUUGUUGCAAAUUGAAGAUGCAUCAAAUUGAUCUGUAUGGUAAGAUAGAGCCAUGGGAUAUAUGGAAUGAAUAUGGUGGACACAAAUUAGCAAUAGGUGAAGACCUUUAUUUCUUCACCAAAUUGAAGAGUGUGAAAAACAAGGAUUCCUAUGUGGCUCGUACCAUAGGGUCCGACACAUGGAAAGGUGAGAACUCAGGAACCCAGGUCGAUGUUCUAACGAAGAACCAUUUAGGUAUGUGGAAACGGUUUCAUUAUGAAAACCCUAAGGGCUCGUUUGGUACACUGUAUUAG